AUGCCGCUCUCAGGGCAUGAAUGGUCUUCGGUCUCCACACAUGUUUCCGUAGUGUCGUGCGAAACGGCUCCGCGACUCCAGUCGCAUCGUUUGCGGCCUCUGGCAUGCGCCGCCUCCGACCUGUGUCUCCGGAGCGCCUGUCCUCUCUCUCUCCUCCGGUCUCUGGCGUUUGUGGAACUGAAUGCUGUGCGCACCUCGCCUCUGACUUCAGCCCCUCACUACUCUGUGUCCUCGUCUGAUUCCGCGUGCUCCGCCUUGUUCUUGCGUCUUGAAGCCCGGUGCAGCAGCGAGGCUGCUGCUCGCCAGCGAAUCUUCUUCCGCCAGCAUGUGGACGACGGUCGCCGUGCAGCACCUUCCACCCUCGGGGGCACCGCCCCUGUCCCAAUUCCAGUCGGUUUUUCUUCGCGGUUGGCGUCAGCGGCGCGCUGUGACUCGCAGUCUCUCUCUUCUUCCCCUGCGUCGCACGAGCUGCAGGCGGCGUAUUCUGCGUCGCCGUCCGUCUCGCCUUCCGCACCAGCCACCCCCCCUGGCUGUGGGCUGACCCCUGCCGACGCGCCUGGUGUUUCACUGUACGCCCGCCUGUCUCUUGCGCCAUCGCAGCCUUUUGCUGUUGCCGCGAGCACGUAUUCUACAGCCUCAGCGUCCUCUUGGCCGUGGCGUUCUCCGUCGUCGCUCGACGUCAUUCCUGCGUCAUGCAGAGGGACCGCAAGAGAGGAGCGAGAAGCGGCUGGGCGUCGCGAGGAAGGCCCGCGCGCAGAAGCUUCAAGACCUCACUCAACCGCAGACAUGCAGGGAGGAGAGGCGCACUCUGGCGACAGCAAGAGGCCAGCGGCUCAGAAAAGCGCGUUGGCCUCGGGCGUCGCGGCCGUCGUCACGUGCUGCGUUCUUCAUCCUCUGGAUCUGAUCAAGACGAGGCUCCAAGUUUCCGCCAUUACGAAGGGCGCGAUUCCCAGGUACUCGUCUUCCGCCCAAGCAAUUCGCGAGAUCUGGAAGCUGGAAGGCACUCGAGGCCUUUGGAAGGGCGUGACGGCAACUGCAGCAGCAUCAGGCAUUUCGUGGAUCACCUUCAGAUAUCUCUUCGAUUCGGGGAGAUAUCAUCUUACGUCUCUCCCGGCGUUCUCCUCAGAAGGCGUCGCGACCUCGCGCACGCCUUUACCCGCUUCUUCAUCUUCUGUUUCGCCUUUAGCGGUCGCGACUUCGUCGUCUGUCUCUCCCGCUGCUUCGAGGCCCCCGGUUGACGAUGUGACGCGCACGCGUCCAGCGGACGAGCCGUUGCUUGGGAAGGCAACAAGCGGAGACGAGCAAGAGACAUCGCGGAUCGGCGUCGUGGUCGCCCCUGGGACCGCUGGCUGUUCAACGCAGGAUCAGCAAAGAAAACACCGAGAUGGACAGCAACAGGGCGGCGACACUGUCGCGUUCCGCGCGAAUCUUGUCGCCAGCAUCGUUGCAGGCUUCCUCUCCACUCUUUUGACGCACCCGCUGUGGCUAGUGAAGGCCCGCAUGGAGAUGCAGGCGUAUGAGACUCAGGCGAUCUCCGGGUGGCCGCGCUACCGGGGGCCGCUUGACUGUCUCCUCAGUCUCCGGCGCACUGGCGGGCUGCCGGCGCUGUACGCGGGUCUGGGCCCGGCGAUUAUGCUGGUGCCCCAUGCCGCAGUCCAGAUCAUGGUCUACGAGGAGAUGAAGAAGCGCGCAGUCCAGACUCCCGAGAGAGAGCGAGACAGCGAUUCAGGAGGCUACGGCGUCAGGCCGUUCAUUUGGGGCGCGGCCUCCAAGUGCGCGGCCAUCACAGUCACUUACCCUCUUCAGGUGCUUCGAGCUCGGCAGCAAGUCGCGAAUUCUCCGUAUGCAGGGAAAAACUCUCUUCAGAUUGCUGGCCUCAUGCUUCGCAGCGAAGGCUUUCUAUCUCUCUUUGGGGGCUACUUCGUCCAUCUCCAGCGCGCGUGCCUCCAGAACGGCAUCAUGUUCCUCCUUUUUGAGCACCUCGUCGGGUCGCUUCGCUCGCGCUGA